UUAUCUGGUGACUUCAAUUUAUAUGUUUAUGACCCCUGUAGCAUCUAUGCAAAGCGCUUUAAUGAAAUUCUUGAAUCAUGCAACCUAAAACAACACGUCACUGGAGCAACUCACGGUAACGGACACACUUUGGAUCUUGUAAUCUAAGAUUUUCGACCCUGUAAUCUCGGAUCACUGUGCGGUUCAUUGUAACCUGCGUGUACGAAAACCGCACUUCACGACGAAAAAGGUGUACUAUCGGAAACUGCUUUCUUUGGAUAUUGAAUCCUUUUGUGUAAGAUAUUUUGACCUCUCCUUUGCUACAGGAUCAAGCUGUUGA